UGGAAGGGCGCUCUGGAUCCGGGCGCGAUGGCAGCCAUGGCCGAGCUUGAGCCUAGGCGUGUGGGUGCGUUGGUGAGCGCGGCGGUGGUCGGGGCCGAGCUCUGAGCACGGCGGUGGCCAUGGCCCCGUCCUCCCGCAUCCCAACCUCGCUAGCCCCAGCCCUCUCCCCGACCUCUCCCUCCACCAGACCUCUCCGCCCCGCCCACUUCGCCGCCACCAACGCCCCGCAGAUCUCGCCGCCGCCGACGCCCCUCAGACCUCGCUGGCGUGGACCUCUCUCCUCGUCUCCCUCGCACCACGCCGCCCGCAGCCUCCCCCUCUCGUCAUCAGAAGGGAAGGGAAGGGAAGAGAAGAGGGAGAGUGAGCAGGGCAGGCGGCGGCCAAGGUGCACGCACGCGUCCCUGCUCCUCUGGUGGACAAGGUCGGUUCCGAUCUGGAUGAGCAGCAACUGCUGCAGGUGGACGAGGCACGAUCCCUCAUGGCUCGUCCCUCCUCCUACUCCCCCUGAACGUGGAAAAAAAUCGAGUGCUGGAGUGAAUCAUCUAAUUCAGGGACGAAACACAAAUCAGAUUGUGCUUAUGUCGCUACCUCCUACGUCUACAACAGUACAAUUUCAGGUUUGCUCUCGGUUCUGUUGGCAAGGGAUCUUUGGUCAUGCAUCCAUUGUAGAAUGGCAAUAGUUGAGCAUCAAGGGACAACAGAAAUUACUAUGAUGAUAUUUCAGACAUCCCGGGCCCUGCGGGGAGAUCAGAGGCUGGCAGUGCAUGCAACAGGGCAGGUUAAUCAGGCAAAUUAUCAUUCAAAGACUGGGUCUAUGAUGCUUGGGGCGAAGGUCCUAUUUCUCUCAUUCCUCCCUUCCAACCCUCAACAUUAUGGAUCAUGGAUGUAAGCUGUGCACAGUCACAUUUUUUUGGUAAAUGCAUAUGAGCAAUGAACUUGGGAGCAUUUUUAUUCUGGUGUUAGUUUGCUUGAUCUAAAUAUAUGAUGUAUUGAUCUGUACGCUGAUGAACAAUUUGGCUGAUGCAUAUUGUUCCUUAGCUGAUU